GAUCGAUUCCUGAUAGUUUAUACGAUAGUUGGUAUGCAAUGGUGUACCAAAGAUGCUAAUGUAUUGCUAUGUUGGGAACGAGUAAAAGCUCAACAAGUUCCAACUAAAUCGAUUAUUGUUAAUGCUAAAUUGAAGCAAUCAAAAGUAUCCUAA